GCAUCAUUCCAGCUGAGUAGUGUUCUGUUCAACUGAUGGACUGUAAGUCGCCAUGGAUGCCUCCAUUAUUUCAACCACAGAUUAAAUUGCAGCAUUCAACAAUGCAGCAUGCAAGCGAUGCAGCGAAGCCUGAUCAACCAACUUACAUUAGCCUUGCAUUGGGUCUCUCACUAGCUGCUUAUAUAUAGCCCCCUCCACAGUCCACACUCCACAGCGAGUGUAGCAGCAACUAAUCGAAGAAAGACCGACGAGCUAGCUGACCUAGCACACAUGGCUUCUUCUUCUUCCACCUGGAGCUCGCUCGCCGUGCCAGUGGUGGUGGCCGUCGUCUUGCUCCUGGGGACCAGCACCACGUCGACCCAGGCGGCGCGCCUCCUCGAGGAACUCGUCCCCGGCGUACCGAUGCCCGCGAUCCCGACCAUCCCCACCGUGCCGACGAUCCCCACCGUGCCCGGAGUGCCGGCGGUCGUUCCCACCAUCCCGACCAUCCCCACCGUGCCGACGAUCCCCACGGUGCCCGGAGUGCCAGAGCUGCCGGUGCCGCCAGUUCCCGGAGCCGCCGGAGGCGUGGUGCCAAGCCUGCCACUGCCGCCAGUUCCGGGAGCCGUCGUGCCCACCUUGCCCGGAGUGCCGAGCCUGCCACUGCCGCCGGUUCCCGGAGCCGCCGGAGGCGUGGUGCCCACGGUGCCGCUGCCCACCGUGCCCGGAGGACUUCCGAACCUGCCACUGCCGCCAGUUCCCGGAGCCGCCGGAGGCGUGGUGCCAAGCCUGCCACUGCCGCCAGUUCCGGGAGCCGUCGUGCCCACCUUGCCCGGAGUGCCGAGCCUGCCACUGCCGCCGGUUCCCGGAGCCGCCGGAGGCGUGGUGCCCACGGUGCCACUGCCCACCGUGCCCGGAGGACUUCCGAACCUGCCACUGCCGCCAGUUCCCGGAGCCGCCGGAGGCGUGGUGCCAAGCCUGCCACUGCCGCCAGUUCCGGGAGCCGUCGUGCCCACCUUGCCCGGAGUGCCGAGCCUGCCACUGCCGCCGGUUCCCGGAGCCGCCGGAGGCGUGGUGCCCACGGUGCCACUGCCCACCGUGCCCGGAGGACUUCCGAACCUGCCACUGCCGCCAGUUCCCGGAGCCGCCGGAGGCGUGGUGCCAAGCCUGCCACUGCCGCCAGUUCCGGGAGCCGUCGUGCCCACCUUGCCCGGAGUGCCGAGCCUGCCACUGCCGCCGGUUCCCGGAGCCGCCGGAGGCGUGGUGCCCACGGUGCCACUGCCCACCGUGCCCGGAGGACUUCCGAACCUGCCACUGCCGCCAGUUCCCGGAGCCGCCGGAGGCGUGGUGCCAAGCCUGCCACUGCCGCCAGUUCCGGGAGCCGUCGUGCCCACCUUGCCCGGAGUGCCGAGCCUGCCACUGCCGCCGGUUCCCGGAGCCGCCGGAGGCGUGGUGCCCACGGUGCCACUGCCCACCGUGCCCGGAGGACUUCCGAACCUGCCACUGCCGCCAGUUCCCGGAGCCACCGGCGGUGUCGUGCCCACCGUGCCUCUGCCGCCGCUCCCCGCCGUGCCGGGCGUCCCGCUGCCGGAUGUGCCGGCCGUGCCCGGCGUCCCGCUGCCGGCGCCGGUCGUCCCCGCCGUGCCUUAGGUCGGUCCCGGCGAGUCGCCAGUCGCUGGCCGGCCGGCUCCGGCGGCUUAACUAUACCCUUGACCGUGUCCGUGUGCAUUGGCUGCACGCCAGCAGCUCGAUCUACUUACGUACGUGUGUUAAGUACAGUACAUGACCUUGCAUGUGUUGGUUACGUUAAGUGGGAUAUGCGUACUGAACGUGUGUACGGUAUGCAUGGAUCAGUAUAUAUGUUUGUGGUGUCACUCUCUUUGUACGUGUGCAAAACUUUAACAAAUUAUACGUGGUAUAUUACGAA